AUGGUGCACUUUGACGCGAUUCGGGCUCCCUUACGCUCUCGGGCGAAGUGGCGCGCCACUCGUGUCUGGAAGUCGGAUGACAAUGACAUUCUGCAGCAUGUCGUUGAUCCGGCCUCUAAAAUGUCUAGUGAGCAGACACUCUACAAUUGCGGCGUUGGGGGUAUCGGCAGCAGUGGUAGUGGUGGAGGAGGUGCCGGCAGCGGCGAAUCGGGCUUCGUCUCCUGUCAGUCCUACGGUCUUCUCUGCCUACCUUUCCUCGCACCUCCCUCUCGCUGUAAAUCGAAGUCCAGCGUUGAUUCCGCCCCUUCCCUGAAUAUCAGUGGUUCCACCACGUCUGCAGCCAUGAAGCAACGCCGUUGCCUCUCCUUGGAUCGUCUGGACGCCGAGAUCGCAUCUCAAUUUAACAGUGAUAGGGAGUUCCCCAUUAAUGAGGACUACUCCGGCUACUAUCUUAGUGAUGAAGAUGAUCUGAACAUCGAAUUUGACCCAGCCAAGGCUACAAAUGUGGAUGACUUUCUGCCCUUCCUUGCCUUUGACACCCUCAAGCGUCCAAUCAAACUACUCCAUAAUACAGGUGGUCUACUGCCCGACCUGGAGUUCCCAGACUCGGACAUCAGUUCAUGGGCACCGGGUGAUGUGGAUAGCCUGUCUGUGGUGAAUGGACAUCCAGACAAAACCACCUGCAAUGCCUCCACACAGACCUGGUUCACGGGUGUGGUCACUUCGGCCGAGUUCUACCACGGUCCUACGUGCACACACGAACAACUUCAGGCGGUGAAGGAGUGA